CAAUGAUGAGGGGCUUCUCUGGGAAGGCUUUGGGAAGCGUCUCCUUGUUGGCUCGCUCCAGGGUGGGCGUGCGGAGGAGUUCAGUCCCUGGAAAGUCUCUUCCGGAAGGGCUGCGAUGCCGCGCGCCCGUUCCUGCUUUGGGGAAAUGCGUCGGUUUUCCGCAGGAGGCCACUCAGCCCUCGGGCGAGUGUGGGAAAUAACGGAAGCCGCCUGCUCUUAACGAGGAGGACAUCUGCCUGGACUUAAAAGAUCGGGGAGGUAGCAACCCUACGUUCCCUGUAUAGCAUGAGAAUAAAGCUACCUCUAGAUAUCAAGACAGAAAAGACACCUCUAACACACCUCCAUGACCACACAAGGAGAUGAUACACCCAGAAUGUCAGACAUUUGCCAAACGAAGCGCCUGUAAUGCAUCAAGCACAAUCCCUGAUUUUGGAGUUCUCUACCAUGUCAAAGGAGUCAUCAACCUCCCUUAUGCUGAGAUUGAGGAGCCCUUUGAAGCCUGGUACAACCUGACUGGAAAUAAGAGUCGUAUUGAAUAUUACGAUGGCCAGGUGGUGACCUUGCAGUUUGGGUAUGUGGAGCCACAUGGCACCCUGUACAAGAUAACUCCAGAAACCACAGAGAAGGAGGUGAACAUCAAGAAAUGCUUCCAGCUCAAUGGCACAAAAGAAGCACACAUCAAGCCGCAGGCUGUCUUUCCUGACAUGAAACACUACAAGCCCAUCAGGGAGGAAUACUUCAAAGGCCAGUACUGUACCGUGUGGCAGAACAUCUCCUACGAGGGCAAGAAGAAGAACAUUUACACCAUGUGGGUAACCAAUUCCAGCUGUGGCGUGUCACCUGUGCACUACGAAAUGAGAGGUUACAACUCUUUGCUGGGUUCCCACUAUGACAAAUACGAAAUAGAUUACAGUGAUUUUUCUAACAGCUUUCCUGCAUCCAUCUUUGACCUGAAGUCUAAUGAAACAAAAGUGUGUGGCGAAUUGCCAGGCGACUCAGCAGAGCACCACAUUCUGGCAAACCCCAUGGCGGAUUUUAUCGGGGGACAAGAGGAUCGGGCCCACCAGUUUUACCAUCAUUACAGAAAGCGAUUUGGGAAGAACUAUGAGAGCGAGAUGGAGAUGGAGCAGAGGAAGCACACCUUCACUCACAACAUGAGGUUUGUCCACUCCAAGAACCGGGCCAACCUUCCCUUCAAGCUGGCCCUGAACCACUUGGCUGAUCUCACCCAGGAUGAGGUGGCGGUGAUGAGAGGGAAGCUGAAGAGCACGGCCCCCAACAACGGGCUGCCUUUCCCAGAGGAAAUGUACAUUGGCCUUAUUCUGCCUGAGAGCAUGGAUUGGCGACUCUAUGGUGCUGUGACUCCAGUCAAAGACCAGGCAGUGUGUGGCUCGUGCUGGAGCUUUUCAAGCACUGGAUCCCUGGAGGGGGCUCUUUUCCUCAAGACCGGGCAGCUCAUCCCACUCUCUCAACAAGUCCUCAUAGACUGCUCUUGGGGCUUUGGGAACUAUGCCUGUGACGGUGGGGAGGAAUUUCAAGCGUUUGAGUGGGUCCUGAAGCACGGCGGCAUUGCCACCACUGAGUCCUAUGGGCCAUACAAAGGCCAGAAUGGCUACUGUCAUAGCAAUGAGUCUUCACUUGUGGCCAAACUCUCUGGUUAUGUCAACGUCACCUCGGGAAAUAUCACGGCCCUGAAGGCUGCCAUCUACAAGCAUGGCCCCGUGUCUGUCAGCAUUGAUGCCUCCCACAGAACCUUCUCCUUCUACUCCAGUGGUGUCUACUAUGAGCCCAAGUGUGCAAACAAGAGAGGUGAGCUGGACCACGCAGUGCUGGCUGUAGGCUACGGUGUCCUCCAAGGAGAGCUCUACUGGCUUAUCAAGAACUCUUGGUCCACCUACUGGGGAAAUGAUGGCUAUAUCCUCAUGUCCAUGAAAGACAACAACUGUGGAGUAGCCAGCGAUGCCACCUACCCAAUCGUGGUGUGACCGGACUGGACUGUGGCAAGCUCCUCCAAGCAAUUUCCAAAGAUGAUCUAGUUCAAUCCCUUUCUCUCAACUGGGAUCCCCCAUCUCCUAAAGUUCUCCAACCUAUUCACUUCCUGGCAUCUUAGUCAGAGGAGUGGAAGGGACUUUGAGUCACAACUUCCAGCCUUCUUAGGCAGUGCCCUUGUGGAAUAGGAAGAACAUUGGGCCACUCCUCCAACAUUUUAUAUGGAUCCCAACACUUAUGGAGCUUUCUUCAAGCCAAACCCAAAUGUUCCAGAGCCCUUCAUUGCCCAAGUUCUCAUCUUUCUCUCUCCAGUUGUAGGAAGCCCAUUUGUAGGAAUCGAAUCAGCCCCUUUGCAAAAUCUCAGUGAAAUUGGGUGGGGGCUGUUUGUCUGGAGCAAGGCCUAGGAAUUUGGAGUGGCCUCCCAAGAGCCACACACGUUCUCUGACAUUCCCAAGAACUAGCCUCCUUCAUUCAUAUGCCAAGCCUUACCUGCUAGACUCUUCCUGCAGAUGCUAGUGGGAGGGUGGUUUAAACCGGCUGCUCUCACUAAAGAGAUGGGCUCUGAAAUGGCGAAUACAAGGCAGCCGUACAGAGACGUGCAGGUCAACUUGGACUUUGGCCAAGCAAAGUUACUGAUUGUCACUUCUGGAGCAGCUGCUGUAGCUCUCUUCUGCUGAGCCAAUUAAAAGGAUUCUCUACCA